AUGAAAAAGAUAUUUCUAUGUGUUCUCCUGCUUUGGCCUGAAGUUCUAGUUAUCUUAGUGAGACUCGCCCUCCCACCGACUGAGAAAUCAGUGCAGGAAGCAGUGAAAGAAUACGGGGCACGCAAUUUCAAUUUGAAUGAAUCACCAAAGCUGGGAUUAACUCUCGGAGGCCCAGGUACUAGUUUGGAUGAGCAGCUUUGUCGAUCGGAACCACGAGCAAAAGGACAAAACAUUGAAGUCUCUGGAGAAAGCCAACCGAAGAAAAGACCCCUCAGCCCCAAUCAAGAACGCCAUUUGGUAGCUGCGAGCAGCUCGAAUUCACAUCCGACAAAAAAAUUAAGGGGCAAGGCAAACCAGAUCACGAGGCAUGUUGAUUUCGAGCAGGAGCAUCAUAAUUGGGACACGCCCCAUGUUCUCGAUAUAGAUAGUUUGCCACCACGUAACAGUUUGGGCUUUGAAAUUCAAUGGAGUAAACCGUUGGAGCCAGCAUCUGUACCAACAGAAUUUAUGCUGCCAUCGCCUCUCUUGGAACCCUCAAUACACCUAGCAUUAACAGAAAGAACUGAAAACGUUAUCGAGAGAUUACACAGUGGAACACCUGCGCCUCUGAAUGAUGGAAUUACCCUUAAUUUGUUCCCGGAGAGGGGCAACGAAAAUCGUGCUGAAAUUUCAAGAUCUGACCAAUUAAACUCACAAGGGAAGAUCUGCAGCGCUUCAGAAGCAGGCACGAGCCGAGAAACAGAAAGUGAUUGGAAAGUUGCUGAGUUGCACUUAGAAAACGAGGAGUUUCUCUGGGCCUUGCUGUACAGCGCAAAGCUCGCCAUAUCUGAUUCACUUUACCAAGAACUGAUGGCUAAUCAUCAGGGAAAGAUGUCAAGUUUCAUUGAAUCCCUGGCCCUAAGUGUUAACCCAUUGAUGAAUCAACGAGCCAAAGUUUCAAUUGAAGAAUUGUCAAGCCCCGAAUCAAUCAAUAGUCUAAAAGAAUUUGCCCACCUUCUUUGGUGUAUAAACUCAAGAUUUAUCAGACUCUUCAAGCCAGAGGAAAGGGUGUACAUUUCUGAACAAACUCAAGUUCAUCAAUGGAUUCUUGAUCUUUUAAAUGAAUCAGAAGAUGCAAGCAUUGCAAAAUUAGACCUUAAAAAACUCCUCAUCAGUGCACUUGCUGCAAAUGUUGAUGACACAAGCCGUGAUAAAUAUUCUUGUAUCUUACUAUAA